AUGGGCAAAUACCUCGGACUCCCGGAGCAAAUUUGUGGCUCUAAGAUGAAAGUUUUCUGUUACGUACAAGACCGUAUCAAUGGAUGUGUCACCUCGUGGUCGGCUAGAUUACUCUCGAAAGGGGGUAAAGAGGUUCAAAUAAAAUUUGUGGCGCAAGCUGUGCCGACAUACAGUAUGUCGUGCUACUUGAUUCCACAAGACAUUGUGGAGAAACUAAAGAGUGAUAUCUCAAACUUUUGGUGGAGCUCGAGCCAAAACAAUCUAGGGUUACACUGGAUUGCAUGGGACAAGAUAUGCGUUCCACAUGAUCAAGGUGGACUUGGCUUUUUGGACUUACAUGACUUUAAUAUUGCCCUAUUAGCAAAACAACUUUGGAGAUUGAUCCAGUUUCCAAACUCUCUGCUUGCCCGAGUCUUGAGAGGACGGUACUAUAAUCGAUCAAGCCCCUUGGAAGAUCGGAAGGUCUACUCACCCUCAUAUGGCUGGCGUAGUAUUAUGGCAGCAAAACCACUCCUCAAAUCGGGCAUACGAAAGACUAUUGGAGCAGGACAAAACACAUGUGUUUGGUCCGAGCCUUGGAUCCCGGACAUUGAGGCUCGCCCGCCGAGACCAUCUGAUCGAAUUACUCAUUGA